AUGAGAUUAAUUUACACGUUGCCAGAGACCCGCAAGAGUCUUCAAACGCUGCAAGACCGGAGAGGAGUAAUAAGCGCUGUCAAAACAGACUUCUCUAAAAUUGCGCCCACGCUUCAGAACCGAGUUUCAUUGGAGGUGAUUGUCCCCCUGCCUGCCGAUUGUUUUAAACAGGCUAUUUUUAUUUCCCUAGCAAUUGAUGAGUACAAGCCCCUGGAUGCCACCACAAACCCAUCUCUGAUACUAGCUGCAGCUCAGAUGCCAGCUUACCAGGAACUUGUGGACGAUGCUGUUGCCUAUGGGAAAAAACUCGGCGGGUCAGAAGAGGAGCAGAUCAAAAAUGCUUGUGACAAACUUUUUGUAUUAUUUGGAGCUGAAAUAUUGAAGAGGAUACCUGGCCGUGUGUCCACAGAAGUAGAUGCAAGGUUGUCCUUUGAUAAGGAAGGAAUGAUUCAGAGGGCCAGGCGCCUCAUUGACCUUUAUAAGGAAGCAGGAAUCGGUAAAGAUCGUAUUCUCAUAAAGCUCUCUUCGACAUGGGAAGGAAUCCAGGCUGGCAAGGUUCUGGAAGCAGAGUACGGGAUUCACUGCAACAUGACCUUGCUGUUCUCCUUUGCGCAGGCAGUUGCCUGUGCUGAAGCUGGAGUUACUCUGAUUUCCCCAUUCGUAGGACGUAUCCUGGAUUGGUAUGUUGCAAAUGGAGAUAAGAAAACCUACGAGCCUUCAGAGGAUCCAGGAGUGAAGAGUGUCACUAAGAUCUACAACUACUACAAAAAGUUUGGCUACAAAACUAUCGUGAUGGGUGCUUCCUUUCGAAAUACGGGAGAAAUAAAAGCGCUUACAGGCUGUGACUAUCUCACUAUUUCACCCAAGCUUUUGGCAGAGCUCAGCAAAGAGUAUGUCAAGUUAACUCCCACGCUCAGCGUAAAAGAGGCUCAGGCAUGUGAGCUUGAGAAGAUCCACCUGGAUGAGAAGGCAUUCCGCUGGCACCAUAACGAAGACCAAAUGGCUGUGGAGAAAUUAUCUGAUGGGAUCAGAAAAUUUGCUGCAGAUGCAAUUAAACUGGAGAGGAUGUUAAAGGAGCGAAUGUUCAGUGCUGAAAAUGGAAAGUAGAAAAAUCAGCAUUCUCCUGAGUGGGUCACCUGAGGUUAAAUGGAUGUACAAAUGUCUUACCUGUAAAAGUCUUAUGCUAUGUAUGGAUAGAUUUCUGUAUCAUGCUUUUUUAUGAAUUUGCAAAGGGACAAAUAGAAUUUCAAAUUUUUGUGGCACUUUUGUCAAUACAUGCAAAUUAACACA